AUGCGGAGAGAAAUCGGAUUGUCAGAUAAACGAGGAGAGUGGUGAGAUAAAUAUUGGAGAAACGCCACCCACCAGCGAUCGGUUCCUAGCCAGCGACAAACCAAUUUCUGUGCCUGAUUGGAUUGAUACUACAAAUACAGCCAUUUCUGGUUUCAUUUCUGAUUCCGUUUCUGAUUCUUCCGAUUUAGUGUCUGAUUUCAUUGAUUUCAUUUGAUUACCGAUUUCAGUGUCUGAUUUCAGUGAUACCCAACACUUUUCUUCCACUGAAUCCAUUACUGAUUUCAGUGUCUGAUUCCGUUCUGCUUCCGCAUCAGUCUCUUUCUGACCUUCAUAUUCCCCUCCCCACGAUGGUCCAUCAGCCCCCUUUCCUCGUGGAGCAGUUCAUGGACAAGUACGAGUCCGGCAUCGCCCACAACAUGGGCGAGACGUGCGUCGAGUCGUUGUCGGUUGCAGAUCUCCAGCGCUUGACACACACCGACCUCACCCCCCAAAUCCUUGCAGCCAAGCUCACCUACGGCGACAUCAGAGGGUCUGACGCGUUGAAGGCAGCCAUCGCCCUGGUCUACAACGCCAACGGCGCCGACCGCGUUGCGCCCGACCAUGUGGUGGUCACCAACGGCGCCAUCGGCGCAAACUUCCUUGCGUUUUACUCGUUGGUCGCGCCUGGCGACACUGUGAUAGUUGUGGACCCCACAUACCAACAAUUGUCGGCAGUGCCAGGGAUGUUUUCCGGGAACCAGGCCAAUGUGAUCCCCUGGAAGCUCGCGUAUGACGACGGGUUCCAGCCGCGGUUGGACGAUUUGCGGUCGUUGGUCGAGCAGCACCGCCCGCGGUUGGUGGUGAUCAACAACCCCAACAACCCCACGGGAGUGGUGUGGAACGACGCCAGCUUGCAGGGCAUUAUCGACAUCUGCCGGCCGCACGGGGUGCGGAUUCUCUGCGACGAGGUGUACCGGCCGCUCUUCCACUCGGUUCCUGCGUCACCACGGCUGAUUGUGCAGUUUGGCUACGAGCACGCCAUCUCCACCUCGUCGAUCUCCAAGGCGUUUUCGUUUGCUGGGCUCCGGGUGGGGUGGAUCGUGUGCCCCAGCGCUGCCAUCCGUAGCGAUCUCUGGGAGAAGCGGGACUACAACACGAUCUCGGUAGGGGUGCUUGACGACUUGGUGGCAGCGCACGCGUUGCAGCACGCGCAGGUGCUUCUCGAGCGCAGCUACCGCAUCUGUGUCCGCAACUUGGCGGUGAUCGACGAGUUCAUCCGCUCCUCCAACGGUGCAUACUCGUGGGUGCGCCCGGCAGGAGGCUCAACGUGCUUCAUCCGCAUCAACGCUGACAUUGACGUGGACAAAAUGUGUCAGGACCUCGCCCAGUCCCAUGCAACGUUGGCGGUCCCCGGCAGCGUGUUCGGCAAGCAGUGGACCCGAUUUGUCCGGAUUGGGUUUGGCAAUAACCCGGAGGCUAUUCAGCGGGGUUUGGCCGAGCUCCAUAGGUGGGUGCAGACGAGCAAAUAAACAGUCGAAUAAAGUUAGUUCUGUAAAUCGAGUCGAGUUUGUACAUGCGGCGUCUGGCGCUUGGUUGUAGC